UGCGGGAGGAAAACACGGAAGCUGAGCAUGCUGCGGUUGCUCAGUGGAUUCGACCCUAGCACGAACCUAACCCGGGUUAAACUCUUCUCCCGGGUCGGUUGGAUGUCGGUUCUGGUUCAGGAUCUUUUUACAGAUAAACAGUCCGGUGUGUUUCCUGUCCGGCCUGUGUGAUGUCCGUCAUCAUUCACACGCGUGGCGAGGCGGGAGGGGGCGUGGCCGCUCACCUGCACUGCUCCCACUGCGGCCACUUCUCCAAGAGCCACGCCCAGCAGCUGUCCCACAUGGCGGCGUCCCACCCCACGUGCCUGGACGAGGAGGUGGUGGGUCGCCUCGGAAACAUCCUGACGUACCAGAGCACCGCCCGCCUGUUCCACUGCUCCGUCUGCUUCUUCACCUGCAGGGACUUCACCAAGCUCUACAAGCACAUCAUCUCCAAACACUGCAUGGACGACAGGGAGGCGGGGGGACGAGAGAAGAAGAUGGGAGAUGGAGGUGAGGAGGAGGACGAGAAGAAGAUGGGAGAUGGAGGUGAGGAGGAGGCGGAGGCGGAGGAGAAGAUGGGAGAUAAAGGUGAGGAGAAGAAGAAGAAGAUGGGAGAUGAAGGUGAGGAGGAGGAGAAGAAGAUGCCAGAGGAAGGCGAGGAGGAGGCUCUGAAAAGAAAGAGGAGCAGUGAGGAGGAAGGAAAGGAUGAGGAUGGCGCCCCCCGGGAGUUGGAGUCAGAGAAACCUGACGGCGAGGGAGAGGAAAACAUUCUGACGUACGACGGCAGCAUUUACCGCUGCCUCAUCUGCGGCUGCAAGAACAAGCUGAAAGUUGUGAGCGUCAACCACGUGAUGAAGAAACACGACAUCCCCAAAGCGUACGCCUCCCAGGCCAUCAGGCGAGACGUGGUCACGCUCAGACAGACGGUGAGCAGCACGCCAGAGGAGGACGAGGAGGCCGGGAUGACCGGAGAGCUGCUGAACGAGGAGAUGAAGGCCACGGCCAAGGUGGUGCACUUCACCUCCAACCGCUUCGUGUGCCUCAUCUGUGGCUGGAAGACCAAACUGAAAGGUUUCGCCAUCAGUCACGUGGCGCGCUGCCACGACGUGGAGCGUCCGUACGGGUGUAAGGACUGCUCGAGCUCCUUCUUCCUGCCGAGUCGUCUGCAGCAGCACGUCAGGACGGCUCAUCGGCCCGGACGCUACGCCUGCCCCUUCUGCUGCUUCAGGUCCCACUACCUGGGCGGCUUCAGGAGGCACUGCAGCCGCUGCAACGCCCGGGAGGAGGGGGAGGUGGGCGGGGCGGCAAGGGUGGGGGAGCACGAGGAGCACGAGGAGCAGGAGGAGCACGAGGAGGGAGAGGAGGAGGGGAAAAAGACCAGAGCGGGGAGGAAACGACGGAUGACGAGGAAGGUGAUAGAAGAACAGGAGGAGGAUGAAUGAAGGGAGGGGGGCAGGACCAGGAACCACAUACUCCAUCAUCAUGUCGACCCGGUUCUGGUUCUGAACAUUUUUAAUCAUCAUUUUUAACUGACAAACGAAGUGAAUAUGAGACGAACAGCAGGUGGCGCUGAUUCUCCAGUCAGGUGCUGUUUUACUGCUGCAGAGGAAGUCAAAGGUCAAAUCCCCUGAGCCGUCUGGUCACUAGUCCCGCCCCUUUUCCCUGUUGCCUAGUAACAACAAAGUGAAGUUGGACAUUGGUUUUAAAGUCUCUUGUUUUUGAACAUGUUUGGUUGAAGCGUGAAGUCACUGAAGUUUCCGACGUCUCGUCAGCGCUGUGACCGGAGUGCAGCGACUCCUGGGAUAGGCUGGGCCAAGAGGGGUUACCUGUUAGAACCCUUCCUAUUGGCCGGGGAGUCUUCAUAUGCAGCCACUGAAUUGUGACGUCCUCAUUGGUCGACACGUUUUCACCUGGAGCCAAUCUCCUGUUGAGUCACAUUUAUCUUUUAACAAAUGCACACAUUUUUAUACUCCUUGAAUAAGAAACUUUAAAAAGACAUUUCAACAUUUUUUUAAAUGUUCAUAAAAACAUGAAACAAACCUUUAGUUUUAUUUGUUGUGGGUUGGUCACAGAACAGCUCGUUUCCUGAGAUGAGUCAUCGAUCAAAGAUCAAUUUAUUACUGAUGAAAACACUUCAGAUCAAAGCUGCAUCUUCAACCUGAAACUCAGGAUCGAUCACAAACUGGACGAAACACACAAGACACACAAAACACGGAACACACACUCUUAACGUGUUGGUUUACGUUCUGUGUUUUCUGAAGAUUUUAAUAAAAACUAGUGUUACAUGUAGAAGCGUGUUGACGUCAGUGAGUUUGACUAAAGAAUAAAAGUCUGUUUUUAAUCUGUG